AUGCAGAAGUUUCUUACCUUUUCCGCCCUCCUAGUGCUCACAGCAGCCCUCCCGCAGCGUAACCGCGGCGGCGGCCGAACACAACAAACCGCCCAACAAAAAGCUGCUCAGGUCCCACAAGGUAUCUCUCAGGCCCAAGAUGGCUCCAUGAUCCUCGAUGACACGGUUACGGUGAAUGGUCUACCGCUCCGUUUCAAGAUAUCUGCACCAGCAGCACAGUUCUUGCCGGCCUCUGGAGUACCCGGGGCUGCAGCGACAUCGUCUGACGGAACGUUGGGAGUGAAUGUCCUACUCCACGGCGACGGGGGCCAAUCCUUCUUCGACAUGCCGAAUCAGAACGUUCAGGCGAAUACGAUGGGCGUAGCAUUGCUCGCUCCGAACGCGAAACUGUUCUGGGGAGGGGGUCAGGGUCUCCAACGGACGGACGGCGUUGCGCACUCCCAAGCAGUCAACGACUUCAUUCAGAACGAGCUGCCACAGCGCGUCGCGAUGAAUAAGAGUAACGUUGUAUUCACGGGUGUUAGUGGGGGGAGUUUGAUGUUGAGCGGCUUUUUCAUUCCGGCACAGAUGCAGAACUACCCUAACAGUGCCGUCGAGUUGAACUGUGGUGGUAUGCCGCCACAGGUCGAUUUCCAGAACGCUGCAACCGUUCUGCCACAAACGCGCAUCCAUUAUCAGUCGACCCAAUCCGAACUCGAAUCCCUCCAGGGUAGCAUACCACAGGCGGUGGCAGCGUACGAACAGCUCGCUGCAGAUGCGGGGUUGAACACGGCUCAAAUCAGCCAGCUGCAAACAGUAGACAAUACGCCUGAGGGAGGACACUGCGCGUUCGAUGGACAGGGUUUCGUGUCUGGAGUACAAACUAUGCUGACGAGUUAUUCGAACGUUAUGCAGGGUGGAAACGGCGUGGUGCAGGGUUUGGGGGCGCCGAGUACUGGGACGGUUACGAAGGGUGUUGUUGGGAACGAGAAUCUGCAGUUCGUUGCCGCUAGGAAGAGGGAGGUAGAGAGGGAUGCUAUGAUACAGAUGAGGUGGGCGCAGGAUGUUGUCGAGGAGCCGGAUUUCGAUGUGCUAAUCUGCGAUCGAGCUUCGUGUGAGUAA